GGUGGGUCAGUACCAUUUGGAAACUUGGCACUGCCCGAGGGUCCGGGGUCAGUAGGGGGACCCAUGAGAUGCCCCUGGUACCUUUUUCAUAGGCUUUUUUGAGUUUGGGCAAAGACACAGGGGCCCCAUGAUCCCCUAUUGCCCGGGGGCCCCAUGAGUUGUCAGUCCACCCCUGCUGGCAAAUCUGACCUUUGCUGUUGCUGAUGUUUUACCUCUUAGUUUGUGCAUUGUGCAGUAUAACUACAAUCUG